UCCGGGCCGCGGACGCAGGCGCCGGGAAGUGACUCAGCGCGGGGAGGGUGGCGACUCGCUGGGAGUGGAGAUUCGAACUGUUCAGGGUCUUGAAUGCCAGGAUGAAUGCCGGGAAGGAGCGUUUUCGGAGCAGGUCCCGGGGAAGUGCUGGACACCAAGAUGCCUGGCGAACAGCAGGCAGAGGAAGAGGAGGAGGAAGAGAUGCAAGAGGAGAUGGUGCUGCUGGUGAAGGGUGAGGAGGAUGAGGGUGAGAAGUAUGAAGUGGUGAAGCUCAAGAUCCCCAUGGACAAGGAGGUCCUGAGCAAGGCGCCAGCGCCGUCUGCCGACCCGGCGCGCCCACACGCGUGCCCGGACUGCGGCCGAGCUUUUGCGCGCCGCUCCACGCUAGCCAAGCAUUCGCGCACGCACACGGGUGAAAGGCCCUUCGAAUGCACCGAGUGUGGCAGGGGCUUCUCGCAGAAGUCGGCGCUGACCAAACAUGGUCGCACGCACACCGGCGAGCGGCCCUUCAUAUGCACCGAGUGCGGCCAGCGAUUCUCUCAAAAGUCGGCGCUGACCAAACACGGCCGCACGCACACCGGCGAGCGGCCCUACGAGUGUCCCGAGUGCGACAAGCGCUUCUCUGCCGCCUCCAACCUGCAGCAGCACCGGCGGCGGCACACUGGCGAGAAGCCCUACGGGUGCACGCAGUGCGGCCGCCGCUUCGCGCAGAGCUCCAACUACGCGCAGCACCUGCGCGUGCACACCGGCGAGAAGCCCUACGCCUGCCCGGACUGCGGACGCGCCUUCGGCGGCAGUUCGUGCCUGGCCCGCCACCGACGCACGCACACCGGCGAGCGGCCCUACGAAUGUGCCGACUGUGGCACACGCUUCGCGCAGAGCUCGGCGUUGGCCAAGCACCGGCGCGUGCACACGGGUGAGAAGCCGCACCGCUGUGCCGUGUGCGGCCGCCGGUUCGGCCACCGCUCCAACCUGGCGGAGCAUGCGCGCACGCACACAGGCGAGCGGCCCUACCCGUGCGGCGAGUGCGGCCAGCGCUUCCGCCUCAGCUCGCACUUCAUCCGCCACCGUCGCGCACACUUGCGGCACCGCCUGUACAUCUGCGCUGUCUGCGGCCGAGACUUCAAGCUGCCUGCUGGUGCUACAGCCACCACUGCGACGGAGCGCUGUCCAGAGUGCGAGGGUAGCUGAGCAACGUGCUUGUCGCCGUGGAGUGCUAGUGUCCGGCUGAGGAGGGUCGGUUAGGGCCCCAACACCCAGUGGCUGAAUUAACCAGGACGAUGAGUCCCCGCCACCCUGGUCCGGGAAAGGGAGGGAUGACAGAACUGGCUGCCUGGAACCUGGGUGACAUGGCGAAUCCCCUACCGGGAUUUCUGAAAACCUUGGCCACUUGUCCCUACUACAAGUCCUCAGCCCAUGUUAGUAAAUAAAGUGUUAUAUA